GCAUGGAGAUUCUUGUUGAACUGAAUACUAAGAAUUGAUUGGUGAAGUACACUUGGAUAGGAAAGCCUAACCCUAAUCUAAAGGCCAACAUGAUGAAUAGGUAAGGAGGGAGACAGAUGUUUCCAUCGGUUCUCUAAGAGGAAAGGAAGGAUUGAGUCUCAUCAGCACAGGAAGUGCGGAAGAGUCAGAUCAGGGCUCAUAGAGUAGAGGCAGAUAGAAGAGUUGAGGGAGACCCCCACUCACGACCUCUACUCCCAAUGCCCCUAGUGGUCAUCAUUAGGAUAGUUGGUGCAAGAGGUCGAUGCACUGGAACUCCAUCUCCAACAAUUGUGACUGUGUGAUUGGAAAGGCUGGUGCUACACAACCAAAAGAAACCCCCCUCCUCUCUCUGGAUGAGCUGUUAGGGCACCCUUUGCCUCUUCCCAGGAAUCUUGCUGGCCAGCUAAUUGCUCAGCUAGGGAGGCAUCUGCAGUCAGUGACAUCUAGGACAAUGAGGACUAGUCAUCCUGAAGAGGUGAUAACGCACAAUGUAGCAUUACAGUGUAAGGACUGGAGGGAGGACUAGGCCUCGCUUAGAGCCAAAUCAAAGGGACCAGCUCAGAGGACUGGGCGGGAUUCCUGGCUCCACCCCCAGCAGAAGCUCUGGUCUCCUGGUGAGUCUGUCCCAGGAGGAGAAGGAGGAGGAGGAGGACCCCGAGGAAGAAGCAGGCCGAGAGCUGCUGGGGAGAUGGGAAGGCCGCAGCCUGUGAGGAAGAAGGACCAGGACAUCCGUGCAAGGCCUCUGGAGGGAAGUGGUUCUUCUGUGAGGAUCGCUGGGGAUCUACAUUGCCAGAACGAGAACAUUGAGGCGCUCCAGAGGAUGAUCAGGGCUUUGCUGGAGGAGGCCCCCUCUGUCUGGAAUUUAAUCAGCAUCUUGAAGGUUGCGAAGAGUCUGCCUUUGCUGUAGGCAGAUCUUUAAGUCCUCACCCACCAGUGACUCCGCCAAGGGCAAGCCCCCCAGAGGGAGGUUCUUUAAAUGGAAACACCGCAUUGAGCCUACUCCAGCACCACCUCCAACUCCCACAGGGGACUCCCCGGCAGUAUCCGGAGUCACCAUCGAUGAGCAGGUGCCCCUGGUUGGGACUGGGGCCGACUCUUUGGGGAGGGUGGUACAUCUAGUGCUUGGGAACCUGGCAGACUUGUGGGUCUGAAUGAAAAGGCCUUUGGUGAGAAGUCGCUUCCCUUGGGGAGAUGCUAAUCUCUCAUUAUUCAUAUAGGCUGGCUGACUUGGGAUGUAACCUCGAACUGGUAGCCCGCCUUAAUUCCAAGAAAGGGAAUCCCCAUUUUUAAAUUCCAAAUGGGAAUCAAAGUCCUUAAACCCACUCACCCCCGACUCUUCUUCCCUUCCAGAUCUGACUACUGGGAUCUGACUACUGGAGUGGAGAAAAUGGAAAGAGCUGAGGUAGGGAUCCAUUCAGAAAAGGGCCUUCCUCCCUAGAGCCCAGGACAUUUCUCUGAGAGUCAUUUGCCCCAUACGGGAUCUGAAAGCUCCCACUCUCUGCUCUGAUCCCUUUCCCACUUCUGCAUUAUCCCUGAGAGGCAGAAGCACAAUAUUCCAUGGAGGGGGUGGGGUCCCCAGAAAGGACCUGAGAGCAGCCCACCAAGUAAGGGUGCACGCUCCAUUUCCAGGAAGGCACGGAGAGUCCUUCAUCUCUAACAGCUCAAUGCUUCUAAUAUUCAGGUCAUCCUCUGCUGGACUGAAUUCUUGACGUCCAUUAUUGACGGUAUUAAGGAUGCCAAGUCCUGUGAAAGUGAGAUGCUGUCGUAUGAAAAAGACAAGGCUGUGGAUGCCGUACUAGAGAGUGAGAUGUGGCAGAGAAUGGAAGAUGAUGACCAAGCGUAGGCUCAGUCAAAACCUGACUGCCAAAAGCGUGUGUUUGAGGCUGGUGCUAUCCCAAUGAAGUCCAUGGGUACUGACCAACUCUCUUCUGCUCUUUGAUCUCUGCCAGGAAAUUAUGGAGGACAUCAAGAAGCAUCCAGACCCUGGGUUUCUCUUGAGCCUCACCAUGGACACUCUUACGGAACUCAGCAAAAUGAAGCCAGCUCUGCCGUUCAAUGUAAAAGCAGCCGUCCUGCACAUGGCGGUGUCCGGGGUGGAUCAUCUGGACCCAGGGACCCAGGAGAAAAUGGCAUCCUUCAAGAAGAUGCUCAGGGGGCUGCUGGAGGAUGCCCCCUCUAUCCAGGACACAAUUGGCAUCUUGAAGGAGCUCCACAAGUACAUCAACUCGGAGAAGCCCCGGCUGCAGACUCUGGGCCGAGAAGCCUACAUUGAUGCUCUGGCUCACGUGGCCAGACUGCCCAAUGUGGAAGUAAGUACCCUGCUGUGGACAUGGCUUCAGCAUCCUCUGCUUCAUCUUCUGCUUCAGCAUCCUCUGUGGGACCCCUUGUCAAGUUCCAGGUUCAGAAGAAGACCUCCCAGUGGUCUUUGGUCACACGGGGGCUGCCGGGCAGCAUACUUGCUGGAGAGAGGCUGUUUCCACUGGGGCUCACCGAAUGCCCCUGGGGACAGCAGCAGGGGCAGGAGGAACAGAAGAGAGCUGGGUCCCCCCAGUGUCUCUUCCAGCUGCCCAGUGCCCAGAAGAGCCACGCUACAUCUUUGGGAAUCCUCAACUUUGUAUCCAACUGGAUCAUCUUCAAUUCUUAGCUGCUUUGGAUAUGGUGUCACAUUGACAUGAAAAGU